UAUAAGUCCCUAAUCAGGCUGUCCUUGCAUCAGAGGACAGCCCAGGGGACAGGGAGCAGGCCAGCAGCAGGAUGGCUCACGGCAUCCUGGGGCUCCUGCGGCCCUUGCGGAGCGGGCUGAGCGCCGGCAGAGCUCGCCUGGUUCUUCUCUGUGCUGUGACUGAGCAGCACCACAGCCCAGCAAGGGGGUGGGCAGAGAGAGGCUUCAGCUCCACGCACCAGGAUGCCCCUGGGGAAUCCAGCACUGAGGAUCGGGUGACCGUGCAUUUUAUAAAUCGGGAUGGAGAGCGACUAACGACCACAGCCAAAGAAGGGGAGAGUUUGCUGGAAGUGGCAGUCAAUCACAACUUGGCCAUUGAUGGAUUUGGUGCCUGUGAAGGGACACUAGCCUGCUCUACCUGUCACCUCAUCUUUGACAAGGACACCUUCCAAAAGCUCGAUGCCAUCUCAGAUGAAGAGCUAGACAUGCUGGACUUGGCAUAUGGACUCACUGACACAUCGCGCCUCGGCUGCCAGGUGUGCGUUAAGAAGUCGAUGGAUGGUCUGACAGUGAGAGUCCCCAUGGAUGUGUCGGACAUGAGGAGGCAGCUGGAGGUUGGAAAGCAAAGCAAACAGUAACUGGAAACGACUGCUGCACAGCUUACACCCUCAUUUAGGUGUGGCAGGGUACUUAGCUCUUGGUUGACACUAUUGCUUUUUGUGGCUGGCUCGCAGUAGGCCAUGAAGUUCUGAUUCAGUAUAAAAGGCGUGUUUGGCAAAUCUCUUAUUUGAACAAGGCAGCAUGCUUCAGAGGGUCUUUGGUUCGUAUUUUAAGUGCUUAAAUGCUCUGCUGAAUGCAACUGGAUUAAAGUGUAUGGCUUUAUCGUU